AUGAAUUACAACCCAUAAACUUAAAAGACAACUUUGGCCAGAGAAAAAUAACAUGCCAAAAUGACCCAAGAUAUGAUUGAAAUACAAAAUGCUUAUCUAAGAAGCAAAUAUUUAAGAUUUAGAAAAAUUAUUACAAGAUUGGCAAGUAAAAUGAACAAAGAGAAAAGACCUCUUGAUUAAUUGUUAACUAACAAAACAAUAGAUGAGAUCAACUCAGCUUACAUUGAUAAACUCGAUUAAGGAAUUGAGAUAAGUGAAGGCAAUCUAUUUAGAUUAGUAAUGGAUGAAAAUUUACCAGGAACUAAAAAAUACAAAAGAUCUGAUUUAAUAAAGGUGUAUUUGAUAGAUUUGUUUAAUAUACAUGUUCUUUAUUGAUUUUCCAUAUAUCCAAA